AUGAAUUAAAUUCCCUCUUUUACAAAAACUCCAGAUAAAUAUCAAUCUGCUUUUAAAUCAAACAACCUAGAGAAAAUAUUCCAAGAUUUCGAUUCCAAAUAGCCAUCCACUUAAGCCUUUUCGAUUCCAAGCUAAAUUGAACAAGAAACUAUAGUUCCAAUCACCAAUAACGAUGAAUAAAAGGAUGUUAAUACACAGAAAUAAGAAGAGAAGUCCUCUCAAAUUAGUAAGAGCGAAGAGAAAAGAAGGAACAACAAACUUCAACCAUCUCUUGCUAUUUAAGUGCAUUCUGUUUAGAAUGAGUUUAUAAGUGAACAAUAUUCCCCAGGAAUGUCAGAGAGAAACAAGAUUACUCAAUCAACUAGAGCAGUGAAUAAGGUUCUCAUAGAGAAGAGGUUCAACAUUUUUGAAUACAUUAGAUACUGUCCAAUUUGUUCCAUUGACCAAAUAGCAAGAGCGAAACAUUGUCAGUCAUGUAAUAAAUGUGUAAGCUUGUUACGAUCAUCAUUGUCCUUGGGCUGGCAAUUGUAUUGGGGAAAGGAAUAGAUGCGUCUAUUAUUGAAAUCUACUAUGCGUUUAUUAGCACGUUGCACAAUCUAGAAUUUGAUCAUUACAAUCCUCUCUUAAAGUUCUUUUCAAUUUACUUUUUUACAAUAACUAUUACUGUGUUUUCAAACAUAUCUUUCUUUUCUAAAUUUAACCACUUGGGAAUUUUAUAGUUGGAAUAAGAUCUCCUAUUUGUAAGAAUUAUAAAGAAGGAAUGGAUCUCCAUUUAGUUAUGGAUGGAGAAGCAAUCUAUCAACAUAUUGCAGAUUUAAAAUACCCAAAUUAACUAUUUGGGAAUACAACCCAGAGAGAGUUUAUAAAUGA